UGUAUUUCAAACGUGGAGCCAUACAAAAUUUUGAAAAAUUUUGAAAAAUCUUUUUGACUUUUUAGGAUUUUCUUAAAAAACACAAACCCUGAGACCCCCUCCUUCCUUCUCCCGCUCCAAAAAAUCCAUCCCUAUAACGGAGAAAUAAUCUAUCCUAAAAAGUGCUGAAUUCUACCAAUUUUCUACUUGUCUCUGCAUCUGACAUGUAAUUUGUAGCUAUUCAAAUUGAGGGCGUCAAAAGAUCCCUUAAACGAGGUUUUGAAUCCAGAUGCGUAUUCCGUAAUCCGUAGAUUCCGUAGAUUCUGUAGAUUCCGUAGAUUCCGUAGAUUCCGUAGAUUCCGUAGAUUUCGUAGAUUCCGUAGAUUUUUGUCAAAUAAUUCCAAAGUGAUUUGUUGUCAAUCCGCUAACAAUGUAAUAGAAACAUAUCUUCUGCAUCUUCAAUAUGCAAAUAAUUUAUAUAUAUAGAUUAUAUAUUCUUAUUAAAUAGAACAAAAUGGGGAAACUAGGAAUAUCAAACAGUUAUGUCAGAAAUUUCUUGGCUGAGCUACUGGGAACAUUUCUCCUGGUAGUUUUCGGGGAUGGGGCAAUAGCUCAGGUCACACUAGACAGAGAUGGCGGCUUCCUGAACAUUUGUAUUGGAUACGGUUUAGCACUCAUGAUUGGUAUCCUGGCCAGUGGCGGGGUCAGUGGUGGUCACCUAAACCCAGCAGUGACAGUAGCAAUGGCUCUUCUUGGAAAAGUUAAACUACUACAGGUCCCUGUUUACAUUCUUGGACAGUUCAUUGGAGCAUUCCUGGCCGCAGCGGUAGUGCUGGGUGUCUAUGCUGAUGCUAUAAAUACUGCAGAUGUUAAUUGGAGUUUAACUACUGCUGGAAUAUUUGCUUCCUAUCCUAGGUUUAAUACGGUGAGUACAAUAACCCUGGUGAUGGAUCAGAUCCUUGGAACAGCUCUCCUUCUUAUUAUUAUCUUGGCUGUAACAGAUUCAAGGAACAUGAAGGUAAUUUGCUGUUCCAGUUUUGGUCUGAAUUCUGGCUGUGCAAUUAAUCCCGCAAGAGAUUUUGCUCCUCGUCUUCUUUCAUUGAUCGCUGGCUUCGGAACAGAAACUUUCACG